UUGUAUGGGCAAGGAAGACACCACUGGGAUUGGCAGAAUGAAGUACCUUUCGAUUCUGCUCCUCAGCUUUGCAUCGUGCACUUUUGCUGCACCUGUGGACCUAGUCAGAAAUGAUGUAGACAUGAAUUUUGUUAAGAAUUAUUUAAAUAACUACUACAGCUCCGAAGAUGAGGCCAUAGCACCCUUCUAUUAUGAUGACAAUGUCACUUUGGCUGAAAAGCUCAAGAAAAUGCAGCAAUUUUUUGGACUGGAAGUGACUGGGAAUCCUGACAGUGAAACAUUGGCAGUGAUGAAGAAGCCCAGAUGUGGGGUGCCAGAUUUGGGAACCUUUACGCUCACUGAUGGAAAUCCCAAAUGGAAGAGGACCAAUAUCACAUACAGAAUUCUGAAUUAUACACCAGAUAUGCACCAAUCUGAUGUGGACAAUGCAAUCAAGAAAGCCUUGGAAGUCUGGAGCAAUGCAUCACCCCUGACCUUCAAAAGACUUUAUGAUGGCAUAGCUGAUAUAAUGAUCUCUUUCGAAGUACGAGACCACAGAGAUAAUUCUCCUUUUGAUGGACCUAAUGGGAUUCUGGCACAUGCCUUUCAACCAGGAGACAACAUUGGUGGAGAUGUCCAUUUUGAUGAAGAAGAAUCAUGGAGCAGCAAGGGCACUAGAGGCUACAACCUUUUUAUUGUUGCAGCCCAUGAGCUUGGACAUUCUAUGGGUCUGUCUCAUUCUGACGAUGCUGGGGCAUUGAUGUACCCUACCUACUCUUACACAGAACCUCAUUUAUUUAGGCUUCCUCAGGAUGAUAUUGAUGGAAUCCAAGCCAUCUAUGGAAAAUUAGAUAACCCAGUACAACCAACUGGACCCACAACACCAAAGGCUUGUGAUCCCAGGACCACUUUUGAUGCUGUUGCCAGCAUACGUGGAGAAAUGAUGUUCUUUAAGGGCAGGCAGUUCUGGCGUAAACACCCACAACUGGAUUUAGAGCUCUAUUUCAUUGCCCUCUUCUGGCCAAAUCUUCCAUCUCGUAUUGAAGCUGCCUAUGAAAAUUAUGAAAAAGACCAACUGGUUCUUUUUAAAGGAAACCAAUACUGGGUUCUAAAUGGUUAUGAUAUCCAAUAUGGCUACCCAAAGAGUAUCUACCAUCUGGGCUUCCCCAAAACUGUGAAGAAAAUUGAUGCCGCAUUCAGUGAUCCAGAAUCAGGGAAAACAUAUUUCUUUGUUGGUAACAAGUACUGGAGGUAUGAUGAAAUCAGACAAACCAUGGAAGCAGGUUAUCCCAAAAAUAUAGCCCAAACUUUUAAAGGAGUUGGCCCCAAAAUUGAUGCUGCUUUACAGCAUGAUGGGUAUGUCUACUUCUUCCAGGGGACAAAGGUACUCCAGUUCAACCCUAACAGUCGACGUGUUCAGUCAGUUCAAAGAAGCAAUACCUGGCUGAACUGUUAAAACAUUUAGUCAGUGCUUCCCAGCAAUAGCUCGUGGCUUCCAUUCAAUGGGAUGAUGCAUCCAUUCUCAAUCACACCAAAUUUUGAUAGAGCUCUCCAAGGGUUUGAAAUUUUAAUUGUAUUUUUAAAGCUAUUUUAUCUGUGAGCUCCCUGUCUGGGAGAAAGGUGCCAUAGAAAUGAAAUGGAACGAAUAAAUAAAUAUAAAAUAAAUAAGGUGCUGAACCAUAUUUCAAAAAAUAGGUUGAGCACCAUGGAUAAUACCAAGUUUGGAAUUAACCUUGGAAAAGAUUCAUCAUCCCUCUGACAUAGGAACUAUCAGCUACAUUUGGUGCUAUUUGUUUAUGACUCUGUAUUCCCAUUGGCCUUAAUCCUGAUGCAAAGACAGCAUUGUGUAUUUCAUCAAGUUUUAUUGAGAAUUCAGCAUUAUUAUUUUUAUUUUGUCAUCAAACAAAAUGGCUCCAGUGUGCUUUAGCUUGCUUAUGUACUUCAACAGGUUUGAUUCUGCCUCUUCUAUAAAGUGCUUUUUGUGGAAGAGCUGUGUGUGUUUCUGUUUGCAAUAACUCCAAAGAACACUGUGAACAAAACACUGAAUAGUUGUGUGUUGCAUUGACAAUAAUUGCUGACUAGAUGCAACCAUUGCAACAUUUCAUUCCAUAAGCAACUAUGAAAAAGUGAAAGGAAGUUGAAACUUUGGUCAUGUGUUGUCCUGGUUUCACACAUCUCCCUUCUUUCUUAUCAUUAUUUUAUUGUACUACAAUACAAUAUUGUACUACAUUGAAAUACAUAUUUUAUUGUAUUCACAGUCAAUGGUGUCUUGUAAAAUUAAAGAAAACAGGCCCAUAUAUGUAUUUGGUUCCUGUUGAGAAAAUAGACAACUAA